AUGAACAGAGACGGAGGAAAGAAGAAGCCGCUCAAGGCCUCAAAGAAGCCCCAGAAGGAGCUCUCGCAGGAGGAGCUGGACUUCAUGGAGAAGCAGAGAGAGCAGCAGCGCAAGGAAAAGGAAAUGAAAGAGGCUCUGCUAAAGAAGAAGAAAAAAUAA